GUUUUGGGGCCCAGAGAACAUUCUGCAUGAGGCUGAGGGGCGGCUGAAAGGCGAGGAGACAAAGCUGGCUUGUUCAGCUCUGGAUACGGCCCUAGGAGAAGGAGGAGGAAGAAAAGAGGGGAGCAGGGGAGCAAAAGGCAUGAAAGGAAAACAGGGGCGAGAGAGAGAUGCAAAGGAAAGUAGGAGGGAUUGUGGGAAGCAAGGAAGGAUGAAAAAGGGAAGGCAUAAAUGAGAGGAGGGAGGAGGGGGGUCCAGUUUCCAUCCCUCAACACAGGAAAAAUUUGUGGUUUAAAUACAAGCUGGAGUCUCUUUUUUGCAGGCUACUUGUGUGUGUGUGUGUGUGUGUGGAGGACAUACAGUAGCAUGGCCAGCCGUGUGGAGCAUCCUGCUGCGGGCUACAGGAAGAUCUUUGAGACAGUGGAGGAGCUGAAUGAACCUAUACCUGCUAAGAUCACUGGUGUUAUACCGUCGUGGCUGGGUGGCAGUCUUCUCAGGAUGGGUCCAGGUCUUUUCGAGGUGGGAGAUGAACCUUUCCAUCACCUGUUUGACGGACAAGCUCUCAUGCACAAGUUUGACCUGAAGGACAGUCAGGUGACCUACCACAGGAAGUUUAUCAAGACGGAUGCAUAUGUUCGUGCCCUGACAGAGAACAGAGUAGUCAUCACUGAGUUUGGCACAGCAGCCUACCCUGACCCCUGCAAAAACAUCUUCUCCAGAUUCUUUACUUACUUCAGAGGCAUUGAGGUGACUGAUAACUGUGUAGUGAACAUCUAUCCGAUCGGUGAAGACUUCUACGCUGUCACAGAGACCAACUACAUCACUAAGAUUGAUCCUGAUUCGCUGGAGACUUUACAGAAGGUGGAUCUGUGCAAGUACCUCUCAGUGAAUGGGGUGACUGCCCACCCUCACAUUGACACAGACGGUACAGUCUAUAACAUCGGUAACUGCUUUGGCAAGAACCUGAGUCUGGCUUAUAACAUUGUCAGGAUCCCACCUGCUCGGAAAGAUAAGUCAGAUCACCUACAGAAAUCCCAGGUUGUGGUUCAACUACCGAGCAGUGAGAGGUUAAGACCCUCCUACAUACACAGUUUCAGUAUGACAGACAACUAUUUUGUGUUUGUGGAGCAGCCAGUGAAGAUCAACCUGCUCAAGUUUCUGUCGCCUUGGAGCAUCAGAGGAACCACAUACAUGGACUGCUUUGAAUCCAACGAGAGCAUGGGGACGUGGUUCCACCUGGCCACUAGGGACCCAGCAGGUUAUUUGAGCAGCCACAAGUUCAGAACGUCAGCUUUCAACAUCUUUCACCAAAUUAACGCCUAUGAGGACCAGGGAUUCAUCGUGGUCGACCUCUGCACGUGGAAAGGUCAUGACUUUGUGUAUAAAUACCUGUACAUGGCCAACCUGAAGGAGGAGUGGGAGGAAGUGAAGAAAGCAGCAAUGGCAGCUCCUCAGCCUGAAGUCAGGCGAUACGUACUGCCGCUGGAUAUACACGGGGAAGAGCAGGGAAAGAAUCUGGUAUCUCUGCCCUACACUACAGCAACAGCUGUUCUUCACAGUGAUGGCACCAUCUGGCUGGAACCUGAAGUCCUCUUUUCUGGACCAAGACAGGCCUUUGAGUUUCCACAGAUUAACUACUCUCGGUGUCGUGGGAAGAAGUAUUCCUUCGCUUAUGGCCUGGGACUCAACCACUUCAUCCCUGACAGGAUAGUCAAGCUGAACGUACAGACCAAAGAGACCUGGGUGUGGCAGGAGGAAGACUGUUACCCAUCAGAGCCGGUGUUUGUACCAACACCCGGAGCUACAGAGGAGGAUGAUGGUGUGCUGCUGAGUAUCGUGGUGAAGCCCGGUGCAGACAGACCAGGUGUUCUGCUGGUGCUGGAUGCCAUGAAACUAACAGAGCUGGCCAGGGCGGAGGUCAACACCAUCAUCCCUGUGACACUCCACGGCAUGUACAAACCAUGACCCUGACCUUCAUUCCAACCCGGCCAAGACACAUCCUAAAGUAAUUAUUAACUCUAGCUUAGCCUCUGGCAUCGUCCCUGUGUGUUUUAAGCAUGCAGGCGUCCAGCCUCUGUUCAAAAUCAUAACCUUGAUUUUUAAAUAUUUAAAUAGUUUAAUUUAAAUAGUAAUCUCUAAAUUACCAUUUGUUUCUGGAAAAUUGGAGAAGAUAGUUUUGUCAUAACUGCAACCAUUUAAAAAUACCAUCAAGAUCAUUCAUCCAUCUCUGUCAAGAUUUAAAGCCCUCCACAGCACUGAAGCAGCUGUUUUAAAGCUGACAAAUGAUCUGAUACUCGCUGUUGACUAUGGGAAAAAUGCCAUCUUGGUUGUACUUGAUCUCAGUGUUGCCUUCAAUACUAUGGACCGUGACAUCCUUUUGAAAAGCCUCAAACUAAAUUGGUUGAAAUGGGACAUUCUCAGUGGCUAUGGGCCAGUUUUCCUCUCACCCAUGGGGUCGCUCAGGGAUCCAUCCUGGGGCCAGUUCUAUUUUGCCUGUAUAUGCCCCCUCUUGAAAACACUACUAGAAAAUAUAACAUCUACUGUCACUUUUACACAAAUGAUUCUCAGCUGUACCUCCAACUAAAGUCUAGGGAUUACCUAAAGCCUCUUCUGGACUGUUUCAAGGACAUUAAAGGCCGGAUAGCAAAUUAUUUUAUUCAGUUCACUGAAGUAAUUAUCGUUUGUCCCUCUACAUCCAACAAGCCACCUCACCAGUAUGCUAGACCAGGUGGUCCCCAUAUGUGAAGUCACAUGCAAAAAAGACGUGGAUGUUAUCUAUGGUUCUGAGCGGUCUUCAAAAACAAAUGAGUUAUGUUGAGUUAUUAUGAGUUACUAUCAAUUAAGAACCAUUCCCAGACUUAAGCCAAUUCUGUCUUUCCAUGAUAUGGACAAAGAAAGAAAUCCAUGCCUUCAUUACAUCACAUCUGGAUUAUUGUAAUUCUAUUGACUUCGGCCUUUCCCAGGUUUUUUAUUAACUUACAUCAAAAUGUGUGAGCACAUCACCCCAGUUCCAGCAUCUCUUUAUUGGCUCCCUGUUCAUUCUGUUGAUCACAGCUCAACAAAUCUCUCUUGUAUGUCCCAAGUUCUUGACUAAAACUUAAAGGUGACAGAGCCUUUGCAGUUGCUGCUCCACAAUUAUAGAGGAUGUUGCCAUUAGAUAUUAGAUGUUCCCCCCAAUCUCUGUUUUUAAAUCUAGGCUAAAUGCAAAUUAUUCAUUGGCCUUUUUGAUGACUAAUCUUUUAAUUUGUUACAUAUAAAACUGUAUUUUGUCUAUUGUUGUCAUCAGUAUUUCUCUUUACGGUUCUUACUUUUAUAUCUUAAUGUUAUAUUUUUGUACAGGACAUAAGCUGUGUUUAAAUGUGCUCUAGAAAUAAACUAGACUUGACUAAAAUACACCAUGUUCUCUUUCCUGCCAGUAGUUUGUUAGUUAAAUAACUAAAAUGGCUCUGAUUCAUAUCAGAACCUAUCAUGACAGUAACCUUUAACUCACCAAAAAUCACAGCAAAACAUUAAUAAGUGGUGUGAAAAUGGUUUAACAUCACAUUUCAUGAGGGGUUUCUGACCGAGAUGAAAGCAUAAAAAAAUGUACAUGUUACGGCUGCCGAGGGCAGCCGUCUGUGUGUCACUGCUGCCUGUGUUUCUCCCCGCAUGUGUUACACUGUGAGGCGGGGGAUUGGCUGGACUUCGGCAAGCCUGGCUGAUCCCGCCUCCCAUCUCCGACGAUUCUGAUUGGAGCGGAACACCACCCCUUCUCCAAUCGCCAAGCUGCCUGCAGGACCGCCUUCGUGCCUUCCCCCUCAAAUAGGCUGGUCUGCUGCUGAUUCGGGGCAGCUACCUUUUGCCAUGUGGUUUGCCCUGACGCUGGUCCUAACCUUGAACUCUGUGUGUGCGUGUAUCCUCAGUGGAAACAGCUUCUGUGUUCUGCGCUCCCUGUGUUUUUCCACUUCUGAGCAACGGCUAGAGAGGUUUUUGUUUAUCUUUUUUAAAGUAGUUUAGUAAUCCCCCACGUAGGAGGGAUCUCUUUUUGUUAUAUUUGGUUCUUUGUUUUACGCAGCACCCACUUGCCCAUUUUCUGUUUGACUAUUUUGUGUGCAUCCGACUGCUUAAUAAAUAAUCUUUCCACCCAUACC